GGUCCGAUGUAACAGCAAAUCUAGUACAAGCUAAAAAGAUCUGUAAAUAUGGUAUAAUUUUCUCGCAUGUCUAUUAGUGAUAGACGUCUAUCAAUGAUAACGUCCGCCCUACAAAUAUGAGAGGUUGGGUGUGCGUGUCACCCAAUCUGUUAAUCGUUUGCUUUGGAAAAGCGGCCGCCCGCCAACGAAGAGAGACAGAAGCUGUUAAUUUGUGCUGUUGCUUCAUCUUCCUUUUCUUCUCCUCCAUGUAUGGCUGCUUUUCCUUGUGCCACCCAAGCUUCUCCCUACAGUAUCAGAAAAUUCCAGAACUCGCCGACCCAUUUGGCGAAGUCGAACGAACAUGCUGGAAACAAUCGAAUCUCCUAUAAAUCUUGUUUGAAUAGGAUAUCUUCUCUCUGCAAAGAAGGCGACCUUCGAGUAGCUGUGGACUUGGUUGCUGAUAUGGAGCUAGAAAAUAUCUCAAUUGGACCUGAUGUAUAUGGAGAACUCCUUCAGGGCUGCGUUUACGAGAGAGCUCUUUCGUUGGGUCAGCAAAUCCACGGUCGGAUUCUCAAGAGUGGUGAAUUCAUUGCAAAGAAUGAGUACAUUGAAACCAAAUUGGUGAUUUUCUAUUCAAAAUGUGACGAGUCAGAGAUUGCCAACCGGUUGUUUCGCAAUCUUCGGCUACGGAACGAAUUUUCUUGGGCUGCCAUUAUGGGAUUAAAAUGUAGAAUCGGUUAUAACGAAGAAGCUUUACUGUGUUUCUGUGAGAUGCACGAAAACGGGCUGCUCCUGGACAAUUUUGUUAUUCCAAUUGCGUUGAAGGCUUCUGGUGCUCUGCAGUGGAUUGGGUUUGGCAAAGCAGUCCAUGGCUAUGCAGUGAAGAUGGAUCUAGGCAAGUGUAUCUAUGUUGCUAGUAGUCUUCUGGAUAUGUAUGGUAAAUGUGGGUUAUGUGGAGAUGCAAAGAAGGUGUUUGAUAAAAUUCCUGAGAAGAACAUAGUAGCUUGGAAUUCAAUGAUAGUUAAUUUUACCCAGAAUGGACUGAAUGAGGAAGCAAUUGAGACGUUUUAUGACAUGAGGGUGAAAGGCGUCGAACCUACUCAAGUGACUCUAUCAAGCUUUCUUUCAGCUUCAGCUAAUUUGAGCGUGAUCGAUGAGGGUAAACAAGGGCAUGCCUUAGCAGUCUUAUCUGGACUGGAAUUAACUAACAUAUUGGGUAGUUCACUCAUAAAUUUUUAUUCCAAAGUUGGUUUGGUUGAGGAUGCUGAGUUAGUUUUUAGUGAAAUGUUGGAGAAAGAUGUAGUGACAUGGAAUUUGCUUGUCUCUGGUUAUGUGCAUAAUGGGCUGGUUGAUCAGGCGCUUCAUUUAUGCCGCCUAAUGCAAUCAGAAAAUUUGAGGUUUGAUUCUGUGACUCUUGCUUCAAUAAUGGCUACUGCUGCUGACUCAAGAAAUUUUAAACUAGGGAAGGAAGGGCAUUGUUUUUGUGUUAGAAAUAACCUUGAGUCUUAUGUUGCUGUUGCAAGUAGCAUAAUAGAUAUGUAUGCCAAAUGUGGAAAAUUAGAAUGUGCAAGACGAGUUUUUGACUCAACUAUAAAGAGAGAUCUUAUAAUGUGGAAUACACUGUUAUCUGCUUAUGCAGAGCAGGGUCAGUGUGGUGAAACGUUAAAAUUGUUUUAUCAGAUGCAGUUAGAAGGUCUGCCACCAAAUGUGAUAUCCUGGAACUCUGUGAUUUUGAGUUUUCUGAAUAAAGGUGAAGUUAAUAAGGCUAAAGACAUGUUCUUGGAGAUGCAGUCUCUUGGUGUCUUUCCUAAUCUAAUUACUUGGACCACUCUCAUCUCUGGACUCGCUAAGAGCGGUAUUGGCAAUGAAGCAUUCCUCAUAUUCCUGCAAAUGCAAGAAGCCAGUAUUAAACCCAACAGUUUGAGUAUGAGUUCGCUACUUUCAGCUUGCACAACUAUGGCAUCUCUGCGACAUGGAAGAGCUAUUCAUUGUUACAUCAUAAGACAUGAACUUUCACUAUCAACACCGGUCCUCUGCUCCUUAGUGAUCAUGUAUGCUAAAUGUGGUAAUAUAAAUCAAGCUAAGAGGGUGUUUGAUAUGAUAUCGAAAAAGGAGUUGCCCAUCUAUAAUGCAAUGAUCUCUGGCUAUGCAUUACAUGGUCAAGCAGUGGAAGCUCUUUCACUCUUUAAACGUCUAAAAGAGGAAAAUGUAGAACCAGAUGAAAUAACCUUUACUAGUAUCCUUUCUGCAUGCAGUCAUGCUGGACUUGUGACGGAAGGUUUAGAGCUUUUCAUUGAUAUGGUUUCUAAUCACAAAAUAGUACCCCAUGCAGAGCAUUAUGGUUGUCUUGUUAGUAUUCUUUCUAGGUGUCAUAACUUGGACGAAGCUUUAAGACUUAUUCUAGCGAUGCCUUUUGAGCCAGAUGCAUUUAUAUUUGGAUCUUUACUUGCUGCAUGCAGAGAGCAUCCUGACUUUGAACUGAAAGAACGUUUGUUCGAACACUUGUCAAAAUUGGAGCCAGAUAAUUCAGGAAACUAUGUAGCGUAAUCAAAUGCAUAUGCUGCCACUGGAAUGUGGAAUGAGGCAUCAAAAGUGAGGGAUCUGAUGAAAGAAAGGGGCCUAAGUAAGACUCCCGGGCGUAGCUGGAUUCAGAUUGGAAACGAAACACAUGUAUUUUUCGCUGGCGAUAAAUCACACUCCAAGACCAAGGAAAUUUACAGGAUGUUGUCACUCUUGAGAAUGGAAAUGCAAUUCACAAGAUGUAUACCUGUGAUCAAUUAAGCUGCUAUCUUCAAUUACCAUUCUUCAGGAUGGGGCUGUCAUAUCUGUACCGGUUGAUGCAUGUGCUUUUUGCAUAAGACAAACAGAGAAAAUGGUGAUGGUUUAAAUGAUUAAUGUUGAGGCCUCACGAACUUGAAAACAGCUACAAGGUAUCAUUUACCAUGACUUGCAGCAAAUCUUGGAUGACCUGUGACAUGGCUUGGAAAAUGAUACUAUGAACAUUGAAUUCUCUGAAAUAUCGAGUGAUGUUUGAACUGCAAUUCCUUUCGAAUGGCUAGAAAUGCUACCCAGUUCAGGAAUUUCACUAGUAUUAUAAGACUAUUGCACUGGAGCAGCUCUUCCUGUUCCGAGUGAUUUGGGACCUUUUGGUCUAUGUUUUUUGCUAUGACGGAAAUCAAGGAAUAACAAGAAUAGAAGAUAGACCAAUUGCACAUUUGAGUUCAUCUUCAACUAAAUUUGAGCGGAUUAGCUACUAUGGAAUUCAUAAAUAUCACAAGAUGCAAAUACUCAAUGAAUCCACCUGUCAUUGUCAAUAAUGACACGCAAUGCAGAGAACCAGUGGUGUGAAAUUGUGCUGGAUUGGGUAAGAAAGCUGUACGAGUUCCUCUGAUGCCAAACUCAGGUUUUUUUUGUCUCUUUUGUAAAACCUGUAGAUGACUUUGAUUUAUCUUUUGUUGUAUAUCAUUCAGAUCCUUUUGCCAAUUGAACUGUCCACUAGAAACACAUCACAUUAGCUUGGUCUCUACUAUGAAUAUACCUAAGCAUAUGAAAUGAAAUGUCCGUAACUUACUUUCUGCCUAACUUCUAUUAGGUGCAAGAUUAUUGUGGGCUAGAUUUACACAUCAAAAUUUUCAAAUAAAUUUGCCUAAAAUGCUCGUCAUUUUUUCUGUUUAAAUAAUGAAGAUUGCUAACGUUUAUACAUCAUGCACAAUACCGGAUGCUGUUAUCUUCCUAAAGCAGCCAAGAUGAUGCACCCCCACGGGACUUGAUUCAUGGUGUUUGAGAAGUGAGACUAAUGCGACAAAAUUUUGGUUCCAGUCGGAACAGGUUACAGGAACUGAACUGGCACUAGGAAAGUGAAAUGAUGAAGAAACGACUUCUUGUUGCAUUUUGUUCAGUGGACAUCAACGAGUAAUUAUUAUGCACACAUUAUUUUGUUUGACAGCAGAGACUUGGAGACCGUGCUGCUUUAGAGAAAGACAUUCCUUGCUUUUGUUGGUAUGUCCUCUCUCUCUCUCUCUCUCUCUCUCUCUCUUCUGUAUUUAGAUAGCCUUGCUUUCACUGAAGUAGUAACUCUAUGGGAUUCUUUCAUCCUGUGCUCCAUCCACAUGGCUUUGAAUUCAUUGCAAAGUUAAAGUGACUCUCACAUUGGUGCUUUGUAAAACCUUUACUUCAACAGAAUUAAGAGUUAAAGAUAUGCUCUAAAGUCUAAAUUCUCAGAGGUUGAAUAGCCAUUUAUUUACUGUUUUUUCAAUACAAACACAGUGGGGUUUCGAACUUACGGAGGAGAUAGAUGCUUUAAUCCAUUGGGCUAUACUAAGAUCGGUAACCAUUUAUUUACUGUUAAUUUUUAAUCAGUGAAUUCCUAAGAAAUCAUGUUAGGAAAAAUAA